CCUCUCCGAUCAAAUGACCUUUCUAUUCUCUGUUCGCACACCCACUUUACUUCACCCACUUCACUUCCCAAUCCAUAUCCGCCGCUUCUUCGACUUCUCCAUGGUUAGUCGGUCCCAGCGGACUACAUGGUCGACUACAUAGGGUGUCCGCUUACUCAUCGGUAGCAUUAGCCCUGUCUCCGAUUCCUGCAAUAGUAUAUCCUAUUUGAAGCUUAUGUCUGUUUCGGGGUCGAUCUAUGUUCAUCUGCCACCAGUUCGACCAUCCGUCUUGACCACCGUCCGAGUUCGAGUCCAUGGUACCAUCACAGACCCGAUGAAGCGCACAACGUCUCUUCGACGAAAACCAAAAAUACGCUUCCUCAGAUGCAUACAUCUGUUUGUUCUCUACACAUAUGUUGAUUUUGGAAUUCACCCCAUUUGA